AUGGCUGUGGCCCUGCCUUCUCCCAGUACUCCCCCUCCCAUCAAUUUGAAAGAUUAUGUAACGACAGAAAAAUUGGGGGCCGGCACCUACGGGUCUGUCUUCAAGGCCCAUCGAAAGACUGGCAGCCGAGAUGUGGUGGCUGUCAAGUGCGUUCGGAAGGCCGAUCUAUCCAAGAAGGAAGUCGACUGUCUCUUAAUGGAAAUAAAGCUUCUGAAGCAUUUGAAACACGACUACAUUGUGGAGAUGCUGGAUUUUCAGUGGGAUUCCAACUAUAUCUACAUCAUCACAGAAUAUUGCGGCGGCGGCGACCUUUCCCGUUUCAUCAAAGCCCGGAAAUGUCUGCCCGAGACCCUUUGCCGUCAAUUCCUUCAACAGCUAGCCCGUCUCUUAAUGGAAAUAAAGCUUCUGAAGCAUUUGAAACACGACUACAUUGUGGAGAUGCUGGAUUUUCAGUGGGAUUCAAACUAUAUCUACAUCAUCACAGAAUAUUGCGGCGGCGGCGAUCUUUCCCGUUUCAUCAAAGCCCGGAAAUGUCUGCCCGAGACCCUUUGCCGGCAAUUCCUUCAACAGCUAGCCCUGUCCUUAAAGUUUCUCCGCUCCCGCGAUAUCGCUCACAUGGACUUGAAGCCGGCCAAUAUACUCUUGACAUCUUUGAGAAAUCCCCGCUUGAAACUGGCCGACUUUGGCUUGGCUCAGUAUCUCGGUCCGAAUCAGGUGCAAACGAGGAUUCGAGGAACGCCUCUUUACAUGGCCCCGGAAAUGCUUUUGGAUCAGAAGUACGAUGCCAAAGUGGAUAUUUGGUCGGUGGGUGUGAUCUUAUUUGAAAGCAUCUUUGGCAAGGCCCCUUACAAAUCCGAUAGUGUGGAUCUUCUCCUCGAGAAAAUCAAAGAGGAGCGACCCAUCGAAAUCCCUACCAACCGAACCAUUUCUGCCGACUGUCGAGAUCUCCUGGAGAGAUGUUUGAAGCGGAAUCCCUUAGAACGGAUUGGAUUCGACGAGUUCUUUGAUCAUCCAUUCCUGGAUUUCGAGCAUUUACCAACCCCCGAGUCUAUGGAAAAAGCUAUAGCUCUGAUGGGUCGAGCUGUGGCCCAAGACAAGGACGGCCAACUGGAAGAAGCGCUGAACUAUUACAAGCAAGGCCUCGAGUAUUUUGUGCCUUGGACCACUCACGAGACCAAUCCAUCCAAGAAAGAGGCAUUGCGCACUCGAACCAAACAGUACAUCAAGAGAGCUGAGCAAAUCAAAGAGAUCCUGAAUCCCGAUUCGGUUUCCACAUCCUCUUCCUCGAGUGUUCCGAGACCCGGUUCCAGUCAGUUCAAUACCCUUCAAAGAGCAUCUUCUCUGAAUGUCGCGCAUGGCGACGAGCUACUUCGACUGUGUGAAGUGACUCCUGCCCUUAAAACUGCCGUGGAGAUUGCUCGCUCUGCCGAAGGAUACGAAUUAGAAGGCCGUUAUCCGCUGGCCCUCGAGAAAUAUCAAUUGGCCAUGGAAAUGAUAUUGCCCUUGUUGCCUGCCGAACCCAAAGGAGAGAGAAAAACGAUUCUUAAACGUGAAGUGACCCAAUGGAUGAAAAGUGCAGAGUGCAUCAAAGACAUAAUUGCUAUCCUUAGGAAAGUGUUGGCCGAGAAUGGCUUAUCUUUGGAAGAUAAGGACUCGCUGAGCUUGUCACACAAACAUUGUAUCGUGAUGUGAUUCUUGCUUGUUUGCUCGAUGCCGUUCUAAUCUCGCUUUGUACGUUUCAAAUGAAUCCUGUACUUAUUGAUUCCA